CCUUUUGCACAUGACAGGGUUGUAGUUGCCGGGGCAACAGAACAGUACAGAGCAGAAUGGAUCUGGCUGGAGCUGUGUUGUGUGUAGCGUUGAGUAGCUCUGUCAUGCCCCAGCAGCACUGUCAACAUUGCAUUCAGGGAAGACACACACACAGCAGAAACCCCCCCGGCUCUCUGCCUCUCUCAGCAUCUGUGCUACUUCUCUUGCUCUCUCUCUCUCUCUACUUCUCCCCUCUUACUCGUGGCUCCCUAAAUCUCCCUCUACAGUCUACUCCAGCUCUGCCGUGCUGCUUAUAGUGUUUUUUUUCUCCAGUCUUGUCUUAACCAGCCAGGGAAGAUGUCCUCCAACCCGUCCCCAGGAGCAGAGUCUGGACCUGGGGCCAAACCCAAACCCCAGUCCCCCUUGAGGAAGAGGGGUAGCCUGCAGUACUCAACCAGCCCAGUUGACCGCCGAGGUGCCCGCCACUUCCUGACUUCCCAGCAUUCUUUGCCAGGGAUCCCCGUGGUGCUGAAACAGACAAUUGACCUACGCACCUCCAUGGACGGCAAGUACAAAGAAAUUGCUGAGGAGCUGUUCUCUCGCAGCUUAGCAGAGUGUGAUAUGCUCAGCGCCCCUUAUGAGUUCCCUGAGGACAGUCCCAUAGAACAGCUGGAGGAGAGACGACAACGAUUAGAGAGACAGAUCAGCCAGGAUGUCAAGUUUGAGCCAAAUAUCCUUCUGCGAGCCAAACAGGAGCUAAUGAAGACUGACAGCGCUACUGACCUAGAAUACCUGAAGGAGCAGAGCCAGGCAUUCAUGGACCUGUACCCCAAGGAGAAAGAACGGGAAGGAGAGAAGGAGUACCAGCGGGUCACCAUCUCUGGAGAGGAGAAAUGUGGGGUUCCCUUCACAGACCUGCUGGAUGCUGCUAAGUGUGUAGUGAAGGCCUUGUUCAUCAGGGAGAAGUACAUCGGCCUGUCCAUGCAGAGCUUCUGUCGGACAACAGCCAGAUACCUGGAGGAGCUCAGUGACAGACCUCUAGAUAUGGGCAUAUACGAGGAGAUCCCGGAGACCUCUGUUACUGCAGAUUUAGACCAGACGGUCCAUCCUCCCGUCUCCACCACUCACCCUUACGAGAACCAGGAACCUGCCUGUAUGCCUCCUGAUAUAGGCUAUGGCUGCAAGAUGGUAAACGGUGUCGUCCACAUCUACACUAAUAAGGACACAAUGGAGAAGAGCACAGAGUUGGAGCUUCCUUAUCCAGACCUACAGGACUACAUCAAUGACAUGAACGUCAUGAUGGCUCUCAUCAUCAACGGACCUGUGAAGUCGUUCUGUUACCGUCGGUUACAGUACCUGAGUUCUAAGUUCCAGAUGCACAUCUUGCUGAAUGAGAUGAAGGAGCUGGCAGCUCAGAAGAAAGUCCCUCAUAGAGACUUCUACAACAUACGCAAGGUGGAUACCCAUAUCCACGCCGCAUCCUGUAUGAACCAGAAACACCUGCUGAGGUUUAUCAAGAGGGCCAUGAAGAAGUAUCCAGGGGAGAUUGUCCAUGUGGAGAGAGGCAAGGGACAGACGCUCAUGGAGGUGUUCCAAACCAUGAACCUCACAGCCUUCGACCUGAGUGUGGACACACUGGAUAUGCACGCUGUAAGUGGUGGUGGGUGAGGGCAACAUGGUCUC